UUUUUGGCGGGGGAUAGAUCUCACGCGAAAUUGUUUCGGCGCUUCUAAAUUUAUCAACAAAAAAAAAUCUUUUCCCUCCGAUUAUUAAUGGAAAUUUUUUUUCCCUCCGAUCUCUAUCAAAUCGCUUCAAGAAAUUAGGAAUAGAGGGAAACCCUUCGACAUCUUCUCUGCUCCCACUCGCUCAGGAGCUUGGGUAUUACGCACGAAUGGGCAACUUAUUUCCUUUACAUAAGGAGUGGAAUGAUGAGUCCUGAGAAAAGAUGGAUGAUAUUAUGGAGCUUCUAAAGGCUUUCUUGUAGGAUAAUUUUAUUUGGGAAAGUGGAGAUGAAGACCCUAAGAACCCUGGAUUCAAGAUGCCAGUAAAUUUGAUGUUCGUUUAUCGUUGGUGACUCUUACAGUGCAGUCAACAGUAAGAUCUUGGAAAGCAAAAAUAAAAAAAAAAGUAUUACAAGGAAUGGAAAGAUGCAUCUCCUCAGCAACGUGAUCAGAUUAACUUUGAGAGGAUCACUCGUAUGGAGUGGGAAGACUUUGUGAACUAUAUAGACAAUCCCAACAAAGAGGAGGAGUUAGAUCCAGAAAAUUAUGACGAGUUUGAUAUAUUUAUUAAGUGCCAUAAGAAAAAGAUGGGUCUUGGAGACUAUCCACAUAAGAAAACUCAAGACGUUUGUGUUAUUAAAAGGAUUGAGGAGCUCAGAGUUCAACUUCAAGAUGUAGAUCUAUUAAAAAAAGCCCAUCAAUUGAAACUAUCAACUGUUCUUGAUGAGGUAGCGGGAAAGCAUCAUGGAGGAUAUGAAAGAGGAUAUGGUAUUGGAUACAAAGGAAGAACAAUGAUUUACCAGUUUUCUGCAUCCUAUAACGUCGAGAGUAGUAUAAACAACUCUCAACUUCAAGAAGAGCUAGAUGUUGCUAACCAGAAAACAACUCUCAACUUCAAGAAGAGCUAG